CUGACCAACAGGAGUCGUCGAGCGAGAUCGGGGGCUUCUUGACUUUUCUUCGCCCUAUAUUCUCUCUCCCCCUGUCUUUAAACUUCGAUAAAACCAACUCAACAUCACAAUUCACAAGCUCUCAACUCUUUUACAAGUAUAUUUAUACAGGAGCAUGGCGAAUUGGGAGCUUAAUGGCUGUUGCAAAGACGAUCAAAAAGCUUUCCUCGCUACUGUCGGCAUCUACACCCUCGUCAUUCUCGCUUUAUGGAGGACAUUCCUUCUUACACCAUUCAAACUGAUAACAGUAUUUCUUCAUGAAGCAAGCCAUGCAAUCGCUUGUAAGCUUACAUGUGGUGAGGUGGUUGGAAUGCAAGUUCAUGCGAAUGAGGGUGGUGUGACACAAACACGCGGUGGCGCCUAUUGGUUGAUUUUGCCAGCUGGAUAUCUUGGUUCAUCGUUCUGGGGAAUGGUUUUUAUCCUUGCAUCCACCAAUCUUAUGACUGCAAGGAUUGCUGCUGGUUGUUUAGCCGCUGCUCUGCUUGUUGUACUUUUUGUUGCCAAGAACUGGACUCUCAGAGGACUCUGCAUCGGUUUUAUAAUUUUUCUUGCCAUUAUAUGGGUGCUUCAAGAAAAAACUACUAUUCAUAUACUUCGGUACAUCAUUCUUUUUAUAGGUGUCAUGAACAGUUUGUUUUCAGUCUAUGAUAUCUAUGACGAUCUAAUUUCCAGGAGGGUGAACUCUAGUGAUGCUGAAAAGUUUGCUGAAGUCUGUCCGUGUCCUUGCAAUGGUGUUGGAUGGGGAAUUAUCUGGGGAAUGAUAUCUUUCAUAUUUCUGUGUGGUGCAUUGUACUUGGGACUUGUUAUAUUGUCUUAAUUAAGGAUCAGGGAUGUGGGUUCAGAACUGCGAGAAUGCUCCGAUAUCAGAAGCGCAUCAACAUAUUCAGGAUAUCGACUAUGAUUUGAUCAUACUAAUCUUGUAGAAGACAGUACCCUUUUGCACAUUUUUUAGCUCAUUCUUUCAAAUCCCUUCCCAGGGUUAACAUACCAAUUAUGUAGUUGUACCUGUACAGUUAAAUACCAUUUUGUUCAUUCUA